UCCUCUUGUCAGUCAGAGACGGAGCCGGAGCUGAAGCACUGCAGAGAGCGCUGACUCUCGCUGAGAACUACACACCCACAAACAAUCUAGAGACAGAGCCGGUGAAGGAACUUGUCGGGAACGGUCUGGAAUCAAGCUAUACGCUGGGAAAUUUCCUGCCAGAUCUCGCCAUUUUGCCUCGGUCCUCAUUUCUCACAGCAAUCCAUGGGACUCCAGACACGGCAACUCUCCGAUCCGUCUCUCAGCUCCAUGGCCUGCCUUGAAGUGGAGACCUUGAAUGUCUGCAGGGUGCUUCAGUUAAGACUCCAGCAGAGGCGCACACGCGAGCAGCUCGCAGACCAGGGCAUCAUGCCACCGCUGAAAACACCUGGAGCUUUUCACGGGCAACUCAGAAGUCUGGAGAGGGCAAGGACUGUGAAUUUCCUGAAGCAUAAAAUCCGCAGCAGGCCUGACCGCGCUGAACUUGUUCGAAUGCACAUUUUACAAGAAACCCAUGCAGAGCCUUCUUUGCAAGCCACUCAGAUGAAACUAAAGAGGGCACGUCUAGCAGAUGACCUCAAUGAGAAGAUUGCACAGAGGCCUGGACCAAUGGAACUGGUGGAGAAGCACAUUCUGCCGGUUGACAUUGUUGGAGGACUGGAUGUUUAUAACUUCAAUGAGGACAGCAGUGAAGCUCUGUCUCCAGAGCAGCCAGCUAGUCAUGAGUCUCAAGGCUCUGCAUGUUCUCCUGUAGAAGCCAGACUGCCUGAUCCAUCCUCUGUUUCGCCUCCAACUGGCUCCAAACUCCAGAGUCCAGACUUCCUGAACAGAACAUCAGCAGAAGAUGGCCGAGUAAUGACUGCCACUCAGCUAGUCACUGCUGCUACUCCCACAAAGCCUGCACCCACCCUUGUGAAGCAAAGCCAGCCCAAACAGUCCAGUGAAAAGAGCCGAAGCAAGAAGAGUAAAGAACCCAAACCGCGAAUUAAGAAGCUCAAGUAUCACCAGUACAUCCCGCCUGACCAGAAGCACGAACCCAAUGAAGCACUGAUGGACUCAGCAUAUGCCCAGCUGCUUCAACAACAGCAGCAGUUCCUGCAUCUCCAGAUCCUCAGCCAACAGCAACAGCAUUACAAUUACCAGGCCAUAUUACCAGCACCACUCAAGCCAGUAGCUGAGAUUCAGAACAGCUGCCCCAACAUCAACCUAAGCACCAGCCCUAGUCUUCCCGCUCCCAUUAUGGUAUCUCUGCCCUAUGCGGCUCCUUCACGACCCAACAACACUGUGACCGGUCGUAAAACCGGGUCUCUGCCUACCAAUCUAGAUGAGAUGAAGGUGGCUGAGCUUAAGAUGGAGUUGAAAUUGCGUGGACUCCCUGUGUCCGGCACAAAGACAGAUCUCAUAGAAAGGCUUAAAGCCCACCAGGAGAGCUCUCAGUCUGCUACAACCAUGGAUACAAACAUCUCCAAAGCUCCUCUACAGCCUGACAGCAUGAGCACAACUCCCCCCUUUUCUCCUGAGCAGUCAGAGGCCUCCUACAUCAGUAUGGAGGACAGCAGAGAUAGUCCCACCAAAGCUCUAUGCAUGUUGUCUCCAGUCCAUCCACCAGCAGGCACUUCACCCCUCAAACCCACACCUGAAGACAUGACCAUGGACAUCAAGGUGUCCGAAAAAGACCAGCGCCUUCACGAGAAGGAGCGUCAGAUUGAGGAACUCAUGCGUAAGCUGGAGCAGGAGCAACGGCUGGUGGAGGAGCUGAAGAUGCAGCUGGAGGUGGAGAAAAAGAGUCAGCAGGGCGGAGGGCAGCAGCCUGAACCCAAUCCAUCAGUCCAGGUCAAAGAGGAGAACGGCAUCGCCCCGAGCUGCAACUCCAAGCAGAGUCCCCUGCCACAAACUACAGGUGUGAAACAGGAAGAGCCACAUGCUCAGCUGCACCACACCCCAGUCCAGCAGUUCUAUAUCAACACCCAGCAAGUCCCAAAAGUGCUGCAUCAGAAGACACUGAUCAACACUCAGCCUGCCACACAAAUCAUGCUGCCUAUCAGCCUGCCCAACAACCCCAUCAGCACGCAGGUGCAGGCCAUUCUCCAACCAACAUUGCCCAGCAUAAUACAAACACCUCUUCUGCAAACACAGACGUCCAACAACACAAUGUUACAACAGCAUUCAAGUCAGACACCAUCUCCACCUCAAGCUUUACCCAUAUGUGGAAGCUCGUCUUCUGGGUUUGAGUACAGGCAGCACCAGAACCAGCCCAUGGCAGACAUGCCCCAGUGCUUUCUCAACAACUCACCCAGACACACAAAUGGACCCAUUAACAAACCUCCCUCGCCCUGUCAGCUCAACUAUAUCUUCCAGCCAUUGACGUUCCCCAAUCACCAUAGCCCAAAGAGCAAAGACCCACCCCGUUACGAGGAGGCCGUCAAACAGACCAGAGGUCUACAAGCCACAGUGAAGGUUCCCACUGCUACCAGUCAGCACAUGGACGAUUUGUUUGAUGUUUUGAUCGAGAGUGGAGAAAUAUCCCCUCUAUCUAGACAGGAUCCCUCUCUGGACAAACUUCUUCCAGUGACCGCAAACAUCACCACCCUGCCCAUCAACACGGUGCUGUCUCGUCCUCCCCCGCAGAUACAUGUUGCCCGCACACCCAACCAAACCCAAGCACCUCCAUCCAGCCUGGUGGCUCUGGCCUCCGAUAACCAGUUGGAGGCCCUGCUGGCGGACGCUGAGCCACGGACCCUGAGAAUGAUGGAGGAGCUUAAAAACCAGCUGCUGGAGCGGCCCCACUCCCCAAUGGACACUUCAGAUCUGACCUUCACCGACACGCCCCCUUCCGCCCUCCCUCUACAAGAUGCAGGUCUCGACAACAUGGAAUGGUUGGACCUUACGAUUCCAGGACCUGCUGGUAUCUGCUCACCGACUGCAGUCUUUUCAUCUGAUUUCUUGGACUCCACUGAUUUACAGUUACACUGGAACUGAGCUCACAAAUGGAUGGAGAUUGGAGACAUUCUGAAAAGAUCUGCGGUGCGCAGUCGGACACUUACAGAGCUCAGUUGUUCAGACUUCUUGGGUUCCGAGGAUCUGUGUGCAAACCACUCAUAGUGUAGCAUCAGCUUUUCUCAAUUGUGCCUAUACGUGCAGGUUUGUGUACUGCUUUUGUCACCAAGACCUUUUUCAAGGCAGAAGAAGAAUGUAGAGACACUUUUUUUUCACCUGUAUAUUCCUUUUGUCCAUAAAAAUAAUUGGGAUCCAAACUUUCAAGCUCCAAAAAGUACAUAAAAGGUAGCAUGAAAUUAGUCUAUAUGACUUGACUGGUAUAUUCAUAGUCUUCUAACGCAUCACAAUCACUUUCUAUGUUGAAAAGAUCAAACUUUUAAGUCUUUUUUCACUCUCAAACCACACCAAAACAUUCAACAAUUCACAGACUAAAUUGAAUUUGACUUCAAGAACCUUAAAGUUGGCAUGAAAUUAAAACCACAUUCAUCCAGGCGACCAUUUAAUAAAAAAAAAAUGACCUCUUCUUUUUUUUUUUUUUCAGAAACCCAUACAUUUCACUCAGAUGUCACAAUACAAAAACAAAAAUUAAAUUUCAUCAUAAAUUUAAAUAUCAAACCUCACUGAAUGUCGCACAUCACAAGACCAAUCAACAUAAAGGCUUAAAAUCUGUACAUCAUACAAAAUGAUUCAUAUGGAUUAAUUUCAUGCUACCUCUAUAUUCGUUCUGAAGCUUGAAAGUUUUGGACGUCAAAAACAGCUGAAAAAUUCUUCAAAAUAUCUUCUUUUGUGUUCUGAUGAAGAAGAAAAAACAUCCAAGUUUGGAACAACAUGGAAGGUGAGUAAAUAUUGAUAUUUAACUACAGAGUUUGCAAUUGUCAGACAUUUGUGAUGGAAACAUUGUGCCAUGGUAAUUGUUACAAAUGUGGUGUCAUCUUCACUGAAGGAACCUGUUUAAUGGCUUAUUUCCAUUCACUACCACCUGCCAUGGUCAUGGAGCUGUUAACCAUUGCAUUGGGGUACUUGAAAUUGUGGCAGCUAAAUAAUAGCAUUCAAUUUCUAAACAUUCGAAAUCAUCCAGUGCAUGGACUGGGAAAAGGCCAGAACGAGUUUGUUUACCAAUCCCAGCAUGGGGCCAAAGAGAGGGAGGGAGAGAGGCACACAAAUGCCUGACUAGGGGCCAUUAUUAUCCCUAUCAAAAGAGUAGAGCUAGAGAUAUUCAGCUCUUGCAUUCUGAACUGCCACUGUUGCGUGUCUUGACCAGAGAAACAACACUAAACAGGACCAGUGAAAUUUCCAUAUUCAGAUGAGGCGAUCAGAAUUACAUCAGAAAGCAGCUGCGUUUUGAUUGGUCAGACUCUUUACUGCUGUACAGUAGAUGAUUGUUUUGGAUGCAGUUAAACUGCUGAGGCCCAGAUUCUCUAUAUUUCACAGAAUUUGAGCCUCUUUCUUUAUAACCACUGAAAUACAGGUAGCUGGCAGGUCAUUUGCCUUUGUUAAUUUACCUACACCUCAUCUACUCAGUUAUUUGUAAGAAUGGAUUAGUUUUCAGUCAAACUGUCUUUUUGAUUAUUUUUCUAUAAAAUGUGACAUUGUAGUGACAUCUGCUGGAACGUUUUGAAACAGACUGCUGAAUGAAUUUCUUAUCACCACUCCCUUCAGAUGUUUCACUAUGAAAUGUUUUUCUUCAGUGUUUGGCAGAUGAAAUAGCAGCUUUCUCUUUAGACACUAUGCGAAAAUAUGCCAGACAUGCCAAAUAGUGCACUUACUUGACUUUGGACUGAACUCAUUGACAAUCAGUUCCUUAUCCAAACAUGUUGUCAAAAAGAAUGUAUUUCUUUAUUUAGAAAUGUAAUUUCUAAAGGGAUUCCAUAGUUCUGUCUCUAUCAGAGACCCAGAAACAUACAAUUUUUCUGCAUUUAUGCAGUUCUCACAUAUAUUUUUUAUCAUGUUUUAUGGCUCUAUAUAUAUUUUUUAGUGUGAAAUAAGACCUGCGGUGGAGUAAAAUCCUAUCGCAAGACCUGUAAACCUGUAAAGACUAUUAGGAGUUGUGUGCCUUUUUUUCAACAUGCCUAUCAAUGUAAUUGCUCUGUUAUGAAGCGGUAAAGAGGAGAAAUAUUUGAAAUUUUACUGACCCUUUGAAGUGUGAUAUUGAUUGUAUGCCUUAUAUUUUGCACCGUGUAUAUAUUUUUACAAUAUACAUUUUAUACAAAUGUAUUUGUGCAACUGUAAAUAAUGUUUUGAGGUUAUCUUUGUACAUAUCUUUAUUGUAUAUACAGCCUUUUAUCAUUCAAAUGUUUCUGUAUUUGAAA